UUGGAACCUGUAGAGGCCUGCUGGGAACAGGACUUGCAAACUGGCAAAUAUGUCUGGAAAACUGUGGUCCAUGGCCAUUUUUGCUGGCUAUAAAUGGGGUCUUUGGAACCAGAGAGAACACACAGCUCUUCUUAAAAUUGGAGGUGUUUAUGCUCAAGAUGAAACUGAAUUCUAUUUAGGCAAGAGAUGUGCUUAUGUGUACAAAACAAAGAACAACACAGUGGCUCCUAGCAGCAAACCUAACAAAACCAGAGUAAUCUGGGGAAAGAUAACUCGUGCCCAUGGAAACAGUGACAUGGUUCAUGCCAAAUUCCAAAACAACCUUCCUGCUAAGGCCAUUCGACACAGAAUCUGUGUGAUGCUGUAUCCCUCAAGGAUUUAAACUUAUUGAAAAGUAAAUAAAUAAAUUGUGGAUUUGUUAUAAAAAAAUGAAGCUAUUUUGAAGUGAUCUUAACUAUUCUGAUUAUUCCAGACUAUUUUACAAAAUACAAGUUAGUUUGAUGUUAUGGUAAUAAAAUUGAAAAAAAAAAAAAAGAUGCUAAAUUUUAAGAACUUAGUCGUAAUUGAAAUUACUGCAAUAUUGUUUUGACAUAUCAAAGUUAGUGCAUGAAGCUGUUGUUAUUCCAGCCUUAUGCUAAAUAAGUCACCCAACUUUAUGCAGUUUUUCCUCUUAUAAUGUUAAGUAUAUG